GGUUGCACGGGUGGAAUCUAAAUUGGAUUUGAACUUAGGUCUAUCUUGACUUUAGAUCCAGUAGCUCUAGCCACUGUGCCACCUAGCUGCCUAACCCGGGAAGUGUUCUCAAAAGUCUCUCGAUUCUUCUGUCCAAGCAUCACUAAGAUGAAUUUGGAUCCCUCGGGGAACCUUCUUCCCUUGACCUUUCCCCUCUCUGGGUUUCAGUUUCCUAGCCUGAAAAAUGAGGGAGUUGGGAAGUGUGGUGAAAUGGAAAACCGAACUGGAUUUGGAGCUGGAAGAGAGGCUGUAAAUGGCAGAGGCAGGAUUCACACCCAUAGAUUUAGAGCUGUAAGGAGCGAACCGUAGAGAUUUUCCUGUCCAGCUCCCUUCUUUCCCCACGACAGUUUAAGUGACUUGGCCAAGGUAUCAGAACCAGGACUGGCGUGCUCUGACUCCAAAUCCAGCAUUUCCUUCUGCCCUCAGUCCUCCGCGCACACGCAACCAGUAUUUAACGAUGGUGGUGGUUAAAGUGAACAAUGCUAAGUGGAAGCCUUCCUUUGUGAACCUGAGUGGAAAGAGCCCACCUCUCUGUGGGGGAUCCUGGCCUCUCCAGACUUGCUUUGCCAAGGAUUUGCAGCGAGUCCUUUGGCGAGUCACUUUCCUUUUCUGAGCCCCAGUUUCUGGCCCAGAUCCAAUAACCAUUCAUUCAUUCCUUCCUGCGUUCAACAAACGUUUGUCAGGUACCUACUGAAGGCAGACCCCUUUUAGCAGACCGCUUAGGUCCUAGCCAUCUCGGACCUUUGGGGUCUCGAAUGUUUCCCAGGGGACGCUAGGGGAGCCCACAGCAAGGCGGCGGCUCGGACAGGACAAGGGGUCAAGGCUCCGAGGCUCCUUGGGGCGCUGGACAAAGGAUGCCCGCCAGAAUUGCAGAUUUCCAGGACGUCCUGAGGGAGCCCAAAAUUGCCCUGGGGAAGCUUCGAGAACUCAGUUUCAGUGGGAUCCCUUGUGAGGGUGGACUGCGCUGCCUUUGCUGGAAGAUUCUUUUGAACUACCUCCCCUUGGAGAAGGCCUCAUGGACCUCCAUCCUGGCCAAGCAGAGGGAGCUAUAUUCCCAGUUCCUGAGAGAAAUGAUCAUUCAGCCUGGCAUAGCCAAAGCUAACCUGGGUGUAUCUAGAGAGGAUGUCACCUUUGAAGACCAUCCCCUCAAUCCGAACCCUGAUAGUCGGUGGAACACCUACUUCAAGGACAAUGAGGUGUUACUGCAAAUAGACAAAGAUGUCCGGAGGCUGUGCCCAGACAUAUCCUUUUUCCAGAGGCCCACAGAUUACCCUUGCCUCCUAAUUCUGGACCCUCAGAAUGAAUUUGAAACCCUCCGUAAGCGGGUGGAGCAGACUACACUGAAAUCGCAAACAGUGGCAAAAAACCGGAGCGGAGUCACCAAUAUGAGCUCACCUCAUAAGAGCCCAGCCCCAAAUUCACUAAGUGAGUAUGAAGUGCUGCCCAAUGGUUGUGAAGCCCAUUGGGAAGUGGUGGAGCGAAUUCUGUUCAUCUAUGCCAAGCUGAACCCAGGCAUCGCUUACGUCCAGGGCAUGAAUGAAAUCGUGGGGCCUCUCUACUACACCUUUGCCACUGAUCCCAAUAGUGAAUGGAAAGAGCAUGCCGAGGCAGACACAUUUUUCUGCUUCACCAACCUGAUGUCUGAGAUCCGGGACAACUUCAUCAAGAGCCUAGAUGACUCCCAGUGCGGCAUCACCUACAAGAUGGAAAAGGUGUACUCCACCCUGAAGGAGAAGGAUGUGGAGCUCUACUUGAAGCUGCAAGAGCAAAACAUCAAGCCCCAGUUCUUUGCUUUCCGAUGGCUGACGCUGCUGCUGUCCCAGGAGUUCCUGCUUCCUGAUGUCAUCCGAAUCUGGGAUACCCUCUUCGCUGAUGACAACCGAUUUGACUUCCUCCUCCUUGUCUGCUGUGCCAUGUUGGUAUUGAUCCGGGAGCAGUUAUUGGGAGGGGACUUCACCUUGAACAUGAGGCUGCUUCAGGAUUACCCCAUCACAGAUGUUCACCAUAUCCUACAGAAAGCCAAGGAGCUCCAGGACUCGAAGUAAGCCGGUAUCAGGGAGGCUGAGGACUCCAACUACCUAAGGAGAGGCCCUGUGGUCAGAGCCAAGUCUGUGUCAGCCCUUGGAAAUUCCCAGAAGCCUCUGCUUUGCCUGGAGCUGUUGGGGCAGUAGAGUUCAAGCUGAUUGAAUACCCUGCUUCAGGUGUCACUCAUCCACAUGAUCCAAUCAGCACCUCUGAAGCAGCUUCAUUCUUUUAUAAUUGUAUUUUAUUUUCCUAGUUUGACUCCUCAUUAUCUGUCUAUUGUUUCUCAUUCCCUUCUCAGUCUUCCUACCCCCACCACACACUCCACAUCCUAUCAACAGUUUCCUCAAAGCCAUUUCAGGAUUGGAGUCAGCCAGGCUCACUUUCUUUGGGAGGAUUCUGUUGGGUGAAUGGGCUGCCUGGAGGUUGACAAGGGUCCCUUUAUGUCUCUACCUCCCUGUCCCUCAGUCCUGCUACUGGGGAUCACAACUACUGCUUUUCCAUCUUCUGAAUCUGCCUCACCUCUUGGGGAUGGGUGAGUAAGUAAAUUUUUCAGAGACCCUCCAUUCCUCCUCCUAGCAGGAGCUUUGAAAGCUCCUCCCCCUAGAAAGCAACACUAGAAAGAACCAAGAGGCCAAUCAUGAGGAGUUUCUUUUUGCUCUCAAUGUUUCUUUCUUCCAUCUCUCUUUUACAGUUCUAUUUCGCCUUAUUUCAGAGGUAUUUUCUCCACCAAUUUUAUCAAAGGAAAUAGUUGAAUUAGAAUCCCCAGGUGGUGAAUCACCUGAUGACACUAAGACCCCAUUUCCAGGGAGCCAAGGACAGUGCCAGUACUAGGGAGCUUAGACUUUGCUUGCAUGACUGCACAGGUUCAGGACCUUGGGUGUCUCUUCCACCCCUGAGUCCCUCACCUUCAAACCUCUGUCCAUCAUGUUUUAGCAAGCUCGCAGUGUUUUCUGAGUUUGGCAGGCCCGGUGUUUCUCAUUGUCCAAUUAAAGGUGUCUGUAUUGGAGAACAAAAGUCACUAAGUUUUGCCCUAUGGGUGUUUUGAGCCUAAUACCACCCAGAAAACCUUUGUUGCCUUUCUUCCCUUAAGUCUCUUUGGCUUUAGAACCCUAGAAAAGUACCACUUGCCUGGAAAGGGCUUGGAGGUGGGAGGCAGGGACCCAGGGACUAUGGAAAGCAAUGCAUCUUGUUUCUUCAGUUCAGAGACAAGGUUUUAACUGGAAAUGAGAGUUCUUAAUAGGAAAAGGGCUUAGAAUUAUUAGCUUUUACUGAUUUGGGGACAGGUAUCAGGUAAUGAGGAAACCGGGAUCAGUAGGAUGUUCCCACCAGGGUCAGUUGGUACACAAGCACUUAUUGUAAUUUAUAGUGGGGCUUAUCUCCAAAGUCACUUCCUGAUGCUAAUACUGAGGAGUACAGGGAAGUCCAUUUGCUUAGGGCACGAGCCAGCACUCCAUUGGCAUAGACACCAAAGCAGGACAAUCCUAGAAGGGUUUGCUGGCCAGCUGGCUCUAACCUGGCCCCUUUGAAAGCCACUUCUCCUCUUGAUAUAGCAGUGGGUGAAUGUGACUAACUUUGUUCAAAAGCAUGUUAUUUCUCUUUGGAAUUUAGAAUUCUAAUAUUAGGAGAAGGUAUAAAGAAGAAGGUAUCAUAGAGAAGGCCCUAAAUGUUAUUUGGUCUUUCUCCUUUCUCAUGCCAUCCAAGCAGGACUGGGGUCUUGGGUCUGACUCUCCAGGCCUUCUCCGUGUCAUGUGCCGCCCUAGGUGCUUCCCAAGCUUGAAUUCUGCCAUAUUCCUGAUAAGGAAACAAAUUCUUUUACUGAUUCCAGUUAGGCCAGGGUACUCAUUCCAUUUCUUUGGUCUUCUCUAUAAGCUUCUGGCUCCUCCUCUUGCCCUUCUAGCACUGUCAGUAUUUGGGAGACUUUACUAAAACUCCAUUAUUUAUUACAGAUGGGUAAGUUUGGUGGUAGAAAUGAAUGUAUGGCCCUUAUGACUUGUCAAAGUUACCUGGAGAUCCCAGCACUACUCUUCCCCCAUUUUAUUUUUGCAGCAGUCUACAGUUUCUGGCCAUCUCUGUCACUUUUGUAGGCUUGGUUCUGAAAGGGGGGAGAGAAAAAAAAAUAGAGAGAUGAUUUCCUUCCCUUUGGGCUCCCCACCUCAUGGUACUUGCUUAGUUAGUGUCCCGGGUGAUUCCUUUUAAUUUCUCACUUCUGAUUGGAGCUGUGGAGUCUGUGGUACUCCAGGGCAGUAAGGAGGCAGCUUGGGCAGAGCUGCUUGUAGAAGAUAUUCUCCAUCCCUCACCCCCAGCUUAAGGUUCUGUCAACUAUCCUAGAGAAUUUUAAGGGAUAGGGCAUACACUUGAGGUACCUGGGAGGAAUUAAAGAUUUCCUUCCAUUUACUGAGGCAGAAGGAGAUCAAGGAAGCACUUGCUGUAUUCUUUCACUUAUUUUCUUCCUGGAUGAUCUUCUCUAAAGCUUCAAAGGAAGGAGGAAGGAAGCUGUGUCAUGUUUUCCAAGUCAACCCUCUAUGACUGUCUACCAGCUUUUCUCAUGGAGUAUUAGGGUAGGUGAUCCCUUCUCUGGCUGUUUUUUUUUUCCUCUUCUAAGGACCCUGGGCUGAAAAAAUAUUCUCUGUUUUACCUUACAGUACCAGGAUUGUACCUCAAUAUUUUUAUGGCCUAAGGGCUCUGGCUCAGGGGUCCAGCCAAGACUGCCCAGAUAAGCUCAGACACAUUCCCUUCUUGCCUUUUCCGGGCCUAUACUGUGCUAUAUGUAUAAUCCUGAAACAAAGAUGGGACCUGAUCACCCCAGAAGCCUACCACCACUCUCUGUACUGUCCUCAUGCCUUCUUGACCAUGCAGGGAAAGCUGGAAGGAGGGGCUUGUGUUAGCAAUGAGUCAAGCCAUGAAAAGUUUAAAUUGGAAAGUGGCCAGACCAUUUGUCUAGUUUGUUGCAGAUCUGACUUUCCUUCCCUUUGGUUAAGCUCCCAGAUUCAAAUGGUGGACUCAUGAAAAUGGUCAGGUCUACAGACUUGGUUCCUAAGUCAGUGGUCUCAUAAAGGCUGGUACUUGUAGCAUUGGAUGGCUAGAGGCAAGCCUUUCUAUUGGAGAACUUCCUCAAGAGCUGGACCUAAGGCCCCAGUCCACACCUCAGGCUUUUUCCAGCUUUUUUUGUUCAUGGUAUCAAGUAGGCAUUUCUUUGGAUUGCUCAGAAUGUUUUUUCUUUUCAAUUUUUUGUUUCUUAAUCAGUGCUGUUCAUGACAACUUGUCUUAAUAAAUCAUGUGUCUU